AUGGAGCUCCCCAACUAUAGCCGGCAGCUGCUGCAGCAGCUCUACACUCUGUGCAAGGAGCAGCAGUUCUGUGACUGCACCAUUUCCAUCGGUGCCAUUUACUUCAGGGCCCACAAGCUCGUCCUGGCUGCGGCCAGCCUCCUGUUCAAAACCCUGCUGGACAACACAGACACCAUCUCCAUCGAUGCGUCUGUCGUGAGCCCCGAGGAGUUUGCCCUCUUGUUAGAAAUGAUGUACACUGGCAAACUACCCGUGGGCAAGCACAACUUCUCCAAAAUCAUCUCUCUGGCCGACAGCCUCCAGAUGUUCGAUGUGGCCGUUAGUUGUAAAAAUCUUCUGACCAGCCUUGUGAACUGCUCUGUUCAGGGUCAGGUGGUGAGGGAUGUCUCCGUACCAUCCUCAGAGGCAUUCAGGAAGGAACCGGAGAAGCCUGAAGUAGAAAUCCUUGCCUCUGAGGGCGCUGCAGAGUCUCGUCCUUCCCUGGAGGCUUCUGCCCCUCUAGGGGGCCCUGUGAAAGCCGAGACUGAGGACGCACGAGAGAUGAGUAUGGGGCCUUCCAGUGCCCAGGAGAUGCAGGGGAACACAGACACCCCGGUGGAGACUCCUCGUCCAUCUGAAGUUUGUUGCCCCUCUCCUGCUGUACAAGCCUUUAGAGAGGCAAAGGGGGCAAGCACAGAGACAGAGUAUGAGAGGAAACACCAUCAGCUGAAUUUUCUUCUAGAGAAUGAAAGUGUCUUCUCUGAUGCACUCUUGGUUACCCAGGAUGUUUUAAAAAGACUAGAAGAAUGUUCGGAAAUUAAAGGUGCACAGGAGGAGACUAUAAUGGGAUGUCUUGAGGGUGAAGAAGGACACUCGGCAUUCCAGAGAAUCCUGGAUAAAGUAAGAGACGAGAGCCUGGAUGUUCAGACUGUCGUGUCGCUCUUGAAGCUGUACCAAGAUUCCGAUCCUGCAGUAAAGGCAGCACUGUUAGACAGAAAGCCGGAAGAUGUCGACGCGGUGCGGCCAAAAGGGAGCACAGAGGAGGGAAAGACCUUGUCUGCUCUGUUACUAGAACACAAAGAGGACCUGAUCCAGUGUGUCACACAGCUGAGACCUAUCCUGGAGUUCCUGGAAACAGCCAAGGAAGAAUUCCUGACUGGCACUGAGAAAAGGGUGAUCCUGGAUUGCUGCGAGGGCGGGACACCCAAGGAGACAAUGGAGAAGCUACUCCACAGAGUGUCUGAAGAUAAGACUCUGACUGCAGAGAGUUUGGUAAAACUCCUUCAGGCUGUGAAACCGACGUCCCCACACUUGGGCCUUCUGCUGGAGAAUUUGCAGCGAUUAGCCACCUCGUCAGGCACCCCAGUCCGAGCAAGCCCUGAUGAUUAUGGGACCGAGCUGUUGAGGCGGUAUCAUGAAAACCUCUUGGAGAUUUUCACAGACAACCAGAUAUUACUAAAAGUGAUCCCACAUGUGAAGGGUUUAGCCCGUGGAGAAAGAGAGGUCAUGGAGAAGCUCCUGAAACGUGACUCUGGCUCGGGUGGUUUCAGUUCUCUGAUGUCAGCAGUUCUAGAAAAGCAGACUCUCUCUGCAACAGCCAUUUGGCAAUUGUUGCUGGUGGCUCAGGAGACCAAGACCUGCCCCCUGAACCUGCUCAUGGAGGAAAUACGAAGGGAACCUGGUGCCGAUGCCUUCUUCCGGGCAGUGGCCAGCCCAGAAAGUGCAGCCUUGGAAGCCGUCCUGAGGCAUCGCAGACUGAUCUUAGAGGCCAUCCAACAGGGGGUGGGACUCAAGUGCUUUACUGCAGAGGAGGAACAGCUGGUAGACGCUGUGAAGGAGAUUCUGAGCAUUUCCUCUGAGACAGCCAGCCCUGAAGCUUCCCUGAAAGUAGUGCUGAGCAGAGCCAUGGAAAAAUCUGUCCCGGCCAUUGAGAUAUGUCACCUCCUGUGCAGCGUCCACAGAUCUUUCCCAGGCCUGCAGCCUGUCAUGCAUGAGUUAGCAUACACUGGCUUCCUUACUCAGGAAAGUGGAGGGAGGGAAAGAUGGAAGGUGAACGCUAAAUUUCACCGUGAAGCCAACGACAGAGCAGAUGAGAAGGUAGCCGAGCCAGCAGAGGAAGGCUGCCAGUCUGGGAAACAGAGCGGUCAAGGCGAGACCAGUUCCUUGCCAGAGCAACAAGAGAAAGACGCGUCUGCCUCCCCCGACUCUGCCAAGAAGAGCUUCGUCUGUAAGGCCUGUGACAAAAGCUUCCAUUUCUACUGCCGCCUGAAGGUGCACAUGAAGCGCUGCCGGGUGGCCAAGAGCAAACAGGUGCAGUGUAAGGAGUGCAACGAGACCAAGGAUUCUAAGAAGGAGCUGGAAAAACAUCAGCUGGAGGCCCAUGGUGCAGGAGGAGAGCCCGAUGUCCCGAAGAAGAAGAAGAAGCGGCUGCCGGUGACAUGUGACCUCUGUGGAAGAGAAUUUGCCCAUGCCUCAGGCAUGCAGUACCACAAACUGACAGAGCACUUUGACGAGAAGCCUUUCUCCUGUGAAGAGUGUGGGGCCAAGUUUGCAGCCAAUUCUACCCUGAAGAACCACCUUCGCCUUCACACGGGGGACCGCCCGUUCAUGUGCAAGCACUGCCUCAUGACCUUCACCCAGGCUUCUGCCCUGGCCUACCACACCAAGAAGAAGCACUCAGAAGGGAAAAUGUAUGCCUGCCAGUACUGUGACGCUGUGUUCGCCCAGUCCAUUGAACUGUCCCGCCACGUGAGGACCCACACCGGGGACAAGCCGUAUGUCUGCAGGGACUGUGGCAAGGGCUUCCGGCAAGCCAACGGCCUGUCCAUCCACCUGCACACCUUUCACAACAUAGAAGAUCCGUACGACUGCAAGAAAUGCAGGAUGAGCUUCCCCACUCUGCAGGACCACCGCAAGCACAUCCACGAGGUGCACUCCAAGGAGUACCACCCCUGCCCCACGUGUGGCAAGAUCUUCAGCGCCCCUUCCAUGCUGGAGCGGCACAUGGUGACCCACGUCGGAGGGAAGCCCUUCAGCUGUGGGAUCUGCAACAAGGCCUACCAGCAAUUGUCUGGUUUGUGGUACCACAAUCGGACCCACCACCCUGAUGUGUUUGCUGCUCAGAACCAUCGAUCUUCCAAAUUCUCGUCACUCCAGUGCAGCUCCUGUGACAAAACCUUUUCCAACACCAUUGAACACAAGAAGCACAUCAAGGCAGAGCAUGCAGAUAUGAAGUUCCACGAAUGUGACCAGUGUAAGGAGCUCUUCCCCACGCCAGCAUUGCUACAAGUUCACAUCAAGUGCCAGCAUUCAGGAUCCCAGCCGUUCAAGUGCUUGUACUGUACAGCCACCUUCCGCUUCCCGGGAGCCCUGCAGCACCACGUCACCACGGAGCACUUCAAGCAGUCGGAGAGCACCUUCCCCUGUGAGCUCUGUGGGGAGCUCUUCACCUCCCAGGCCCAGCUGGAUGGUCACUUGGAAUCUGAACACCCAAAGGUGAUGGGCUCUGAACCCCAAGCAGCAGCCUCACAGGUGGUACAGGUGAUCCAAACCCCAGAGCCGGCAGCCCCAACAGAGCAGGUGAUCACUUUGGAGGAGACCCAGCUUGCUGGGUCACAGGUGUUUGUGACGUUGCCAGAUUCGCAGACAUCUCAGACCAGCUCUGAGCUUGUGGCGGUGACCGUGGAGGAUUUGCUAGAUGGUACUGUGACCCUGAUCUGUGGCGAGGCCAAGUGAGUGGCUGAUCAUCCCAUGGAGGGUCCUGCAUUUGCAGCAGAGCGAACAUUCCGCCGCUUGCCGUUGGCCCUCCGUCCCUGGCUGUCCUGAGUAGCGAGCAUCUCAGCCUGCACCAACCAGAGCACUCUCACUUUGUUCUCACAGAACCGACAGUGUUGGGGUCCUGGGCAUGGACACCACUGCCCUCCCCAGG